CCUGAGCAAGACACCUAACCCCUAAUUGCUCAAAAAUGUAAAAGCCAUGGGUUUAAAGUGUAAUGCAAGUCGCUUUGGAUAAAAGCGUCUGCUAAAUGACCUGUAAUGUAAUGUAAUGAACCCCAAAAGGCACUGCGGGAAAAACAGGCCAAGCGAUGCAACCCUCAGAUCGGACGCACAAUGAAACGCGUCGAAACUGCUUGUUGCUUUCGUUAGAUACAGUAGCUGCUCACUUCAUUUGAUGGGCCGUCGGUGAGCCGACUCUACCAGUCCGACUGGCUGCCUUCUUCCCACGGUCAGCGCGCCACGGCUCAACCUGUUGUUCAGUGCUGCACAGUGACGGACAUUUUCAGGUUUGUCACGUCCCAAUGACUUGCCGGCGUCAUUGGUACGGGCUACAUGCGUGAUGCCAGCACGCUACCGUCAUCACACACAUACAUACACAAAAACGCAUGCCCGGAUGGGCGCACGUAGUUUGACGUGUUUGAUUUGAUGUCAACGUACAUAAGUAAUGCAAGGUUGUGUGAGUCACUGAAAUGAAUAGAAAAAUAAUUAUGUUUAGAAUCAGGAGCACAAAGGCCUUUGUUAUUGACUCCAAGCAUUUAUUGUUAUUUAAAGUUUGGAGUAAAGAAAAUCAUCACUGAAACAAGGUGGAGACUCUUCCCGGGUGUCGCUUUCUGCACACAUUCUGCACAUGCCUCUCGGUAUCAAUGGGCAAAUGUUCAGAUUUCACCAUGAGGAAAUCCCUCCAUGUUCAAUGUAAGUAUGUCUCAGUACGAGGGUUUUCCUCGGCUGGCGUGGUCGAAACCUUCAGAGAGACUAUCUCUGGUUUGUAGGGAGGAAAGUAGAUGGCAGAUUUAGGACAGAGUGAAAUUGAGAGGCGGAAUGAAAAGAUAAAGUCCUGUGAUUAUGAUGUAGUUUAGAUCAGAGGACGUUAUCUCCAUGUGUGGGUGAGGAGGACAGCCGAUUCCGUCACAAUAAGAAUAAACAUUAGUUGCAGCAGUAGAAUGAAGGUUCACCUGAUCUGCAUCAUCUACAGCGUGUAUGCGCUCACACAUCCAAUGCAGGCACGCUGGCCUAUAAGGCACAAUAAAGGACAGCAUUCGGUGUGUGAGAGGGAAUGACUCCUCAGAGUUUUGACCGGGAUGGGAGGCGUGAGGAGAGGGAGUCCCCCAGGUGUGCAUGAAGGGGCGAUUCUCCACACUCUCUUCUGUCUUUUUCUGUUUCGCUUUCAGACUGAGGCCGUGGUUUCACAGAAAUCAUUUGAUAAUCCAAAGGCACACCAAAAGACAAAACAGCUGACCUGUGGCUUUUACACAGCAUUACGUUGAGAUUAAUUUGUGAUGCAUUUGAAACCUAAUGAGAAUAAUGCACAAUGUAUCCCAAUCCUUUAUGGAACUCUAUUAUUGAUAUUGAUGCAUUUAUGUGAACAUGGUGCUUUAUUCUUACAGCUGCUCCAGCUGGAGCUUAAUAGCGCUGUCAACCACCUCCAUUAUUAUGGAUUAUGACCAAUUAUCAACGUAAUAGAAAGUGAGAGUCUUGAGCGUCCUGUGUGUGUGUCCUUUACAACAUUUUUCCUAAAAAAGGUAAUUAAAUGUGUUUUUUCUCAACCUGGUGUCUCAAAAGUUACAUCCACCCACAACCGAGAGUUGUCUUUUAUAUCAGUACGGUAUGUCUGAGUGGAUGUUAGCAUACACGAUGCAGCGCGUGUUGAAGUCAUGAUACCUGAACAAUGUCCAGGUAAUGUGCCUUUCAGACGGACCAGGCAGACAAAAAAAAGGAUGCAACGGAUGUUUGCACUUGAAAGCCAGAACCAUAUCCGGUAUAAAGUCACCAAACUGCUUCCCCUCACUUAAUGUGAACUUACAGCAGCAACAAUUGCAUGUUCAGUGCAGCAAAUGUAUUUCAAGUGUUGCCACAUGUAAUGUCCUUGCCUCAAUUCAACCGUGUGGCCCGAACAGGUUGGUGAGUUAUAGCCUGCGGCCUGCUUUGUUCUGUGGCUAUUAAUACCAUGUGAUUGAGUCAACUACUACACUGCAUUCCUUUGCAUAACAACGUAAAUCUUAUUGUGGGCCUAAAUAAUUGGGCGUCUAAAAUUGGAACGAAAUUUGGCUCCAUUGCAUGGGUUGGGUUCUAGUGACACAAAGGGCCCUUUUUUUCAUCUGCCACUGAAGAGGCGCAAGCUUCCCUGUGGCUGGUUGCCACGCAACCACAAGUCCCGCCCUACCACUCAAAGGUAGGCGACGUACCCUGAGAGUUCAUCCAAUCGGGAGGGACAACAGGUGUUCAGCGAGGACAGUUUCGGAGGCGGAAACCUGCGGGUUCUGUGGGAGAAAGCCGCUCCUUAUAACAGCGACAAUCCAUCCGUCAAAUUCAUAUGAAUUGCAAUAAGCGGAGUUGAGACAUUCGACGAGAGCCGCCGGAGAACAAUUUGAUGAGUUUUGAGACGCGACGAAGCCCGACACACGGCGCGUGCGUAAUGUGAAUACCGCUGCCAAGGUCUGUUAAAGGACUGUUAAAGGACUGCUGUCCCACCACUGCUCCACCGCCGAAGAAGAAGACCCGGCCCCGCUCUUUGGAUUGACAUCUCAGAACAAUCAAAAAGUGUAACAUUUACACUUGGCUGUGUUUUGCAUAACCGCACGCUGCCCUCAGUGCCCUACUUCCAGUCCAAGAUGACAGAGAGGGCCCCGUGGUGGAAGGCUUUCCUGCCAAAGAAGAAGAGCGGAGGCUCCAAAGACACCACUUCGUCCAACGCCUUCGACGCGGACUUCGACCCUUUUGGCUCAAAGUCUGCGGCCUCCAAGGCCAGCGGUGACCAGUCCCUGUCUCAACAAGAGUCCAACAAGAGCUCCAGCAUCGUCAGCGAUGACACCUACGACGACUCCCGCCUGGAGUCCGUCUUCAACGAGCAGACGUGUCGCAGGAACAUGAAGGUGUCCCGCUCGGGUCGGUUCAAGGAGAAGCGGAGGGUGCGCUCGAGCCUCCCUAUAGAGGACAAUGAGUCUGAGAACUUGGCACCGGGGAGUGAGGACACGCGCUGACGGUGAGCGGGAGUAGAUGUUCAAAGACUGCUUUGUCUCAAAAGCUGCUUUGAGGGGUUUUAGAACGUGAAGAGCCUUCGUGCUCUUGAGGCAUGCCGAAAAGGUCUGCUGUUUGUUGGUUGGGGUUGUGAUGUUGAAGAUGAGGAGCUUUCAACUUUUAGCCCAAUACUGCAGGAAUGCUGUUUUGUGGUGCUUGACAUGUUGGACAUUUUGACUUUUUUGUUGAUGGACUUGACCACAAAAACAAUGCUGAAUGACAUGAAGUUGGUUAUAUUUGUUCUUCAGGGUGGUUACCGAACCAUUUUGCCGACAAUGUGCGGUAAUCAAAAAGAAGAGAUGCACAAUUGUUGUGGUAAACAAAUAGCCAAAUAUCAGUUGUCAAUGGACAACUUCUAAAAUUAUCCACAACUUUUUAAGAAAACGCAAAGCUUAAAUCCAAUGUUCUGUAUAAUAUGCUCCUCGAAAAUAUCGUCCAUAAGUUGUUUACAUUAUUUCUAUGAUAAGAAUGUUAUAUGUUGCAUAAUGAAGGAUAAAGUAUAAGGCUGCUUAUACUAAAAACAAGUUGAUUGUAAAGGGUUAGAAGGAUGUUUUUUAUGAAGGCGUAAAAUUAUUUUAUAAUUGUGUUUGAAAAGAAAUUACUUAGUGGACGAAAUUAAAUGAUGCUUGUUAGCAAGUUUUACUCAGAUGCACUUCGCGAUACAUCAAAUAUUUUAAAUGAAGGAUGGAAUCCGGCCUGUUUUGUGACGGUCCAGCUUAAGAAGCUCUUACGUUGUGAUAUCCAGCUGAAUGACUUUUGGUCAAGCAGCCAAAGAAGUAUGGUCCAGAUGUAUGACUAUGGACUGCCUGUGAAUACUUAAAUGAAGGGAAAAUAUAAGAAAUAAAUCUGAUAACUGCAUGAA